AUUAACACUAAACGGACGGGCAUCAUCUGAUAGCCAGGUCGCGUCAACUCUAAAUGACAUCACUCACCCACUGUUCCUGCAUCUACCAUCGCUGUGUUAUGUGCCUUAAAAUGAAAAGUUACGUUUUCAGAUGAGUUAACCUCCAAACCUCUGAAAGGAGUGUUGGACCUCUUGACUGCUAGCUCUGCCUGGUAGCCAUGUCUCCCAAAGUUCCAGGCCAGGCCAGGGCAGAGGAGACAGCGGUGCAGGUUGCUGUUCGAGUGCGCCCCCUGCUGCCCAAGGAGCUGCUGCACAGCCACGAUAGCUGCAUCACCGCUGACCCUGAGCAGCUCAGGGUCACUUUGGGCCAUGACCGACACUUCUACUGUGACUUCCUGUUUGAGGAGACCGGAUGUCAGGAGGAGGUGUACACUGUGUGUGUCCAGCCCCUCAUAGAGGCCUUCUUUCAGGGCUUCAACGCCACUGUCUUCGCCUACGGACAGACAGGCUCUGGGAAGACAUACACUAUCGGCGAGGCCAACAUUUCUUCCUUUAGGGAUGAGGAGCAGGGUGUCAUCCCCAGGGCUGUGGCUGAGGUGUUCAAACUGCUGGAUGAGAAUGACCUUAGUGACUUCUCCGUCCGAGUGUCUUACCUGGAGGUGUACAAGGAGGACUUCAGAGACCUACUGGAGGUGGAGACAUCCAGCAAGGAUAUCCACAUCAGGGAGGAUGACAAGGGCAACAUUGUACUGUGUGGGGUGAAGGAGUGUGAGGUGGAGGGUCUGGAUGAGGUACUGAGCCUGCUGGAGUCAGGCAACACGGCCCGACACACGGGCGCCACCCAGAUGAACCCUCACUCUAGCCGCUCACACACCAUUUUUAGUGUGCACAUGGACCAGCGCCGCGGUGGCUCCCGGGCCCAUGGUGCCACAGCCACCGGGCUUCAAGUCCUCUCGUCUAAGUUUCACUUUGUGGACCUGGCGGGGUCGGAGAGAAUCCUCCGUACAGGGAAUACUGGAGAGAGGCUGAAAGAGAGCAUCCAGAUUAACAGUGGCCUUCUGGCUCUGGGGAAUGUCAUAGGGGCCCUGGGGGACCCCAAGAGGAGAGGCACCCAUAUACCAUACAGGGACUCCAAAAUCACCAGGAUAUUGAAAGACUCCCUGGGAGGAAAUGCCAAAACACUGAUGAUUGCCUGCAUCAGCCCCUCGUCGGCAGACUUUGAUGAGAGCCUAAAUACACUAAACUAUGCCAAGCGGGCUCGCAACAUCCAGAACCGGGCCACCGUAAACUGCCGUGGAGAGCCGGACCGUGUGGAGGGGCUGGAGCAGCAGAUUCGGGCUCUUCGCAGGGCCCUUGAGAACCGGCAACGCUCUGAGACCCGUAUCAUUGCCCGUUCUGACCCAGACAGGCGGCCGCGCCCCGGAGAAGGAGAGUUCAAUAGAUUGCAGGCUCAGAGUGCACACUACAGGACCUGCACUGACACUGCGUACAGGUUGUUGCGUGAGCUGCAGGGUGAGGGGGCGUUGACUGCUGAGCAGAGCCUCCGGGUGAAGGAGUGGCUGUGUUCUGUGGAGGAGGAGCGGAGCGGCUUGACCACCGCUUCUGGACCUGACAGCGGCAUCGAGAGCAGCUCCGCCGAGGACUCCGCAGCGCUGAGGAGGGGGAGGGCUACUGUCAAGAACCAGGAGGCAGAGCUUGGUGGGGAGAAGUGGAGUGGUGAGAAAGAGGAGUGUGUGGCCCAGCUCCAGUCCCAGAUCCAGCAGCUGGAGAGGGAGAACACAGACUUCCUGGCUGCUCUGGAGGAUGCCAUGGAGCAGUACAAACAGCAGAGUGAUAAGCUGCAGGAACAGCAGGACAUGAUAACUGAGCUGCAGUGCAUGUUAUCUGGGCCAGGUGUACUGGGACGGGGCUUCCACCUGACCCCGCGCCCCCACACUGCCCCGCUCGGCUCCACGCGACACGCCCACAACGGACUCCCCAGCAGACAGGUAGGCCCGGUGGACUGUGCGGAGAGCAGGUCGUUCGGUGACCCGAUCCAGUAUGGCGAUGCUUAUGGCCAGGCUCACGACCAGGAGGACCCAGGAGGGGGGGAGGCGAAAGGCUCAGAGGAGGAGGACACUUACAUGAGCCAUGACAGACGACGACCGUGGCAUCAGACCUCUACCAAAAGGGACGUCGUGGUUGGAUCCACAGUGGGAGGGAGAGUCCUUCUGGGUCAACUGCCUGCCUCUGGACACCUCUCCACCAGGCGACCAUCCAACUCCAGUGUCGGGGACAGCUCAGUGGGCCUGGGCUCAGAGUGGAGCCUGCAGCAGGCCCAGCAGAAGAUCAGAGAGCUGUCUGUCACCAUCCGCAUGAAGGAAGAGCUCAUCAGAGAACUAGUCAAGACGGGUAAGGACGCGCAGGCUCUGAACAGGCAGUACAGCCGUAAGAUCUCUGCCCUGGAGGGGGAAGCUGAGCAGGCCAGGCAGGAGGUCCAGGAGGCCCAGAAACAGCUUCAGGACCUGGAGAAACAGGAGAAGGAAACAAGCGGUGCGACAGAUAGAACCAGGGCCCAGGAGUGUCGACGGAAGAUCGCUGCAGCACAGAGCAAAGUACAGGUCCUGAGCCAGCGUCAGAGGGACACGGCACGGCUGGCGUCGCUGUCAGCGCAGAGCGAGCGCCGCGUGUCAGAGCUGGAGCGUAGCGUGCAGAACAUGAGGCAGCAGCAGGACCAGCUGCAGAGACGUCUGAGACAGGAGAGCCAGCAGAAAAGACGCCUGGAGACGGAGAUGCAGCGGCGAACACACAGGGUCAAGGAGCUGGAGAAAAAGAAUGAGCAGCAGCAGAAGAUCCUGAGGAUAAAGACUGAGGAGAUUGCUGCCUUUCAGAAACAGAGACGCAGUGGCAGCAACGGCUCUGUCAUCUCACUAGAGGAGCAGCAGAAGAUAGAGGAGCAGAAGCGUUGGCUGGAUGAAGAGAUGGAGAGUGUUCUGGAGCAGAGGAGAGGACUGGAAGACCUGGAGGGGGAACUAACCAAGCGUGAACAGAUCCUGGCCAAGAAGGAGGCCCUGCUACAGGAGCGCAGUGGUCUGGAGACCAAAAGACUCCGCUCCAGUCAGGCACUCAGUAAGGACCUGGUGACGCUGUCGGGUCGCAUUGAGUCCCUGGAACGGGAGCUGAGUGAGAGGAACGGCAUGCUCCGCAGCAGCAGCGCCCAGGACUCCCAGCAGAUCCGCCAGGAGAUCAACAACCUGCGCCAGGAGAAGGACACGCUGCUCAAACAGAGGGUGGAGCUGGACGACAAGUUACGGCAGGGCAGCCUGCUCUCUCCAGAGGAGGAGCGGACCCUCUUCCAGCUGGACGAGGCCAUCGAGGCUUUGGAUGCGGCUAUAGAGUAUAAGAACGAGGCCAUCACACAGAGACAGCGACAGCUCAGGGCCUCGGCUAGCAUGCUCUCCCAGUGGGAGAUGAACCUCAUGGCCAAACUCAGCUACCUGUCUGCAUCAGAGACCCGUGCGCUGCUCUGCAAGUACUUCGACAAGGUGGUUUCACUGCGUGAGGAGGAGCGUAAGCUACAGUUGGCCCUGGCAGAUCUGGAGAUGCGGGGUGAGGAACAGCAGAAGCUGGUGCAGUGGCUGGAGAACGCUCUAGAGCGCACACAGCUGGACACUGACCGUAGACUCACACAGCAGCAGAAGGAGCACGAGAGGAAUGUACAGCUACUACUGCAACAGUGCCGAGAGCAAAUAGACGAGGGCCUGGCGGGGAGGCAGAGGCAGUAUGAAGGCUGGAUCCAUAACCUCAACAAAGAGCUGAGCCACUUGAAGACCGUCAACCUGGAACUGAGCAACAGGCUUAGGGAGCUGUGUGGCCGCACCAGCCAACCCUUGGAGCAAGGUAAAGUUUCAGUCUUUGAGUGCAGAACAGCAGGUAUUGGUAGUGUGGAGAGGCUCAACCGAGGCCAAGAUGAUAACCAAAGUGGGAGAGGAGGGCCAGGGGAGCCUGAGAGACCCCCCAGAUCAAGAGAGGAGAUGAGGGAGCUGGUCCACGCCCCUCUCCCAGCCACGUGGAGGCGAUCCUCCCUCCCCAACGAGGACCCUUGUGGCAUGGAGGAGCUACAGCAGCAGAUGGCUGUAGAAAUGCCAGUAAACCGGGUGAUUCAAACAAGCACUGGACCUUGGGGCGGGACACCCUCACUUUCUAUUGCCAAAUCACGCAGAGAUUCCCGUCGAUCAAGUCUUAACACCGGGCCACUGUCCUCAAACACUUCUAUAAUUGAUGUGCGGAAGAAUCCUUUUUAAAAGCACAAGGACUUUACAGCUGAAUUACUUUCAAAUGCCAAAGGACUUCAAACAAUCCAGUUCAAUUCAGCAUUACUAUUUGUUUUGUUUUAAACUGUUACAAUUUUAUGAUUGUUUUAUAACCUGUAAGUACUUUUUGUAUUAAUAUGUAUACAU